AUGCCACUGCGAUAUGAGCAGCAAAUUCAGACAUUGCUUGACGAUAUCAAAAUCAAGUAUCAUCCCCACAGCCAAAUUCCUUCUACCGUGCAUAGCUUCUCUGAGUUCUCCCACAGCUGCCCAACAGAAGAUUAUGUGCCUCAUAAUGACUCGCCAUGGGAGCCAUUCCACACACAGCUUGAUUUCAAAGUAGCAGAGAUUGCACUUGAAGCUGCGAUGACAAAGGAUCAGACCAAUCGCCUUCUCAAUCUCAUACAUCGAUCUGCUAGUGGCAAUGAUACGUUCACACUGCAAAAUCAUGACGAAGUUCACUCCCUAUGGGACCUUGCUUCACAAUUAUCUGUUCCCCUCGGAGAUAAAGUGCACAAAUUUGACAUGCACUACCACCCUCUCUGGGAUUGGGUCCUUGACUUAUUGCGAGACAAACAUCUCACACCUCAUUUCAUAUUUAAUGCUCAAUGUCUCUCGAAAUUCAACAGAGAAAGGUUUGUAUGUUUUAUUGAUGAACCAUGGACUGCCAAUGCAUUUUGGACUGCACAAUCACAGCUUCCACCAGAUGCAAAACUGCUGGCAUUCAUCCUCUAUGUGGACAAGAGUAAACUAUCAUCAUUUGGGAACCAAAAAGGUUAUCCAAUCAUUGCACGCAUCGCUAACCUACCAGUUCAUAUUCAUAACAGUAAUACCGUGCUAGGAGGUGGUCGUGUUGUUGGUUGGUUGCCCAUUAUUGCUGAGGAUCAAGAACACGCGAAAAAGAAGAAAUAUGUAGACUUUAAAAAUGCUGUCUGGCAUACCUCCUUCUACCAGCUUCUUACCUCGGUUGCGAAGCACUCACAUACAGGCUAUUGGUUUGAAUGUGGAGAUGGAAUCCAACAUUAUCUCUGGCCCCUUAUUUUGAUCUUAAGUGCUGAUUAUGAAGAACAGUACAUCACAGUACUACACAAGUUUGCUAUUGCAAGCUGCUCAUUUUGUUUGGUUCUGCAAGAUGAGCAGUCCAUUCUCCAUGACCAUGAGCUAUGCACAAGCCAUCAAUCUGAAGACAUACUCCGGACUGCGAGAUUGAAGGCUUUCUCACUUCGAAACAUUGAGAAUAUCUUCUCAAGAAUUCUUCAUGUCAAUGUUCAUCGUGCACUUUCUUUUGACCACCUGCAUACAAACAAGGAAGGUUUAUGGGGUGACCAUCUGUGGAAGGAAGUAAAGUUUUGGAUUAUGGACCUCAGGCGUGAAGCUGCUGUCAAACUCAAUAAAAAGUAUAUGAUUGUCUUUGCGGCACAUGAUAUCCUUACUUCAUCCCACUGUAAACUGGGACAUUUACUUCUUCGCUGUAUUUGCUACUACAUCGGGUUCAAUAUUUAUGUCUCAUUAGAAGUACAUACAGAGGAUACAAUCACAGCUGGAAGGUUGGCACUGAGAAAAUUCUCAGAAAUGAUGGAUGAAUAUAUUGUGCAAUUGCAGCCCAAAACCUCCAAAAAUUGGAACUUUCCGAAGAAACAUCUGAUCUCGCAUGCAUUCAAUGAUAUUUUAGCAAAAGGCGUGACACGUAACUACAGUACCAAGCCAAACGAAAAAAAGCAUGGCACUUUGCAAAAGAUUUAUCUUCAAUGCACAAACUUCAAAAAUGUUGCUUCUCAGACCAAUAGUUUUAAUUGUUACAGAUUUUACACUGAUGAAUGGCUUCUAACUUCGACAUCCAUGCGCACUAAACUUGACGAACUCGACAAGCACAAUCAACGAGACAUGUGUGACCCUGAGACCAAUGAAGCCCUGGAUGAUGCUGGAACACCCAACAGUACUAUUCAUGCACAUCUAGGUUUGAGGCAGGGCAAUCACUCUUUUUCUGACAUCAUGCACUUGCACAGAGCCAAUAGGACCUUCACUGACUUUUGGAUGAAGCUAAACAGCUUCCUAAAUGGCUUUCUGCCACAGAAUAAUAUUCCAUUACCAGAUGAAAGGUGCAUUCACCUGCAAGCAGAGGACACGAUAACAGAGUUUAGGUUCUUGCGGAUCAAUUAUGAAUUGCUAGUUGACUGGUGCAUGCACCGAGACUUACUCCAAUGUAAUCCAAAGUUCUACAGAUCGCCAAGGUACAACUGCAUCAUUGUGAACACUUCAAACACACCAUUUUUCGCUUGCCUUGUCUACAUGUUCAGUUGUUCGAUUGGCGGCACUGAAUUCCCUCUCACACUUAUUCACCCUUAUGACAUCGGUAUUGCCAAUAGUUGUUGGAGGCGGGAUAAUCUUAUGGGAUUGUGGCAUGUGCGAGCCAAACCUCGCUCAUCUUCUGAAAUUAUUUCUGUUCGGUCAAUCAUUCAGGGAGCUGCUCUCAUCAGAAAUCCUGAAACAGAUGGGGAUUACUUUGUCAUCCACACUGUGGACACUGACAUGUUCUUUCAAAUCAUGGCACUCCAGGCUAGUGCUCAACCAUUGUGA